CUCGCGGAGCUCCAGGAGAGAGAGAGAGAGUGGGAGUGAAGCCGGCUGGAGGCGCUCAGGUUCAGCAUCACUUCUCAAAGUUUCUCGCGGACUCUGUUUGUGUAUGAGCGCCGCUUCGGAACUCGCUUUCUCACAGACUGCCGCCUCAGCGCUCCGCAGCCGUCACACGGAUCGUACUCUCCGGUUUCUAGGAUGUUAUCCAGCCAGAGCGGAGCGGCUCUGAGUGGAGCCGGAUCAGCGGCGGGGAAGAGCGCAGGCCACGGCGCGGUGGUGCUGGGCGCCGGGGUCCGCGCGGGGUUCGCCCGGGGGCUGGGGCCGAUGGGGCUCGGGAUGCCCGGGAGGUUCGAGCCGGAUAACGAGGGUCCCCCGCACGUGUGCAGCGGCUCCGACGCGGACUCUGACUCCGGCGAUGAGAACGAGCCCAUGGGGUCAGUCGGGGACAACCGGAGGGGAGGCGGCGUCAAGCGGGAGAGAGCGGAGAUGGAAGCCGCGAUGGUGGGACCUGAGGCCGGCUUGCCCUCCGCGGCGCUCGCGGGUGGAGCGGCCGGAGCGAAACCGGGCAAGAAGACCCGCGGCAGAGUGAAGAUAAAGAUGGAGUUUAUAGACAACAAACUGCGACGGUACACGACCUUCAGCAAGAGGAAGACGGGCAUCAUGAAGAAGAGCAGCAUGAACAUUACGCUCAACGUCUCCUUUUUUGAGUUCCACAACGUGAGGGUCAUCCGAGAUCAGGAUGAGUUUGUUUCUUCAUUUUGCGUGGGUGAAGUCUCUGUGUGCUGUCCAUCCUUCGAGAGGUGA